GAGAGUGACUCAGCCUUGUGAUGUGCUCAGCUUCCAAACAGAACAGCACCACAUUUCUCCGAGAUCUAGCUGCCUAUACGUUCAGCCAGCCAGAACCUGAAAAGCUCUCUGUAAUAUCCGGUAACUCCUGAUGAUAUAAUACCCAUGGAUAUGUAGGAACACUUGUCCCCGGCUGGGACAGCAAGGACCAUGGAGUCAUAAGAACAAGGUCACAUCUCAUCCAUCCCUGGGCCAGUGCAGGACUGUUCCCCACAAUGUGUAUUGCACAUGUUGUGCUUUGACAGGAAGAGAAGACUGGAGAAGCUAUUCUGCAGGGUAUGUGAACUGACCUGGGUGGGGAGUUUCCUCAAGGAAGGUGUAAAGUUAUUUUAUUCCUUAGCGCUGUCAAGAGGCUCAUCAGGCCUGCUGAUUAUCUCACUCGCCUUUCCUAAUGCCUGGGUCACUCGGGAGGCUGGAUGGAUCUGGUGGAGAGCUGUAACAAACCCUACAAAUUGCCUGCUCCCCUGCAGGGACGGUGCCCAUGGUGCACCUGGGUAAAGUUGAUCCAAAAAUUGGGUUUGUUUAGUUUGGAAAAGAGAAGACUGAGGGGGGACAUGGUAACAGUUUUCAAGUACAUAAAAGAUUGUUACAAGAAGAAGGGAGAAAAAUUGUUCUUCUUAACCUCUGAGGAUAGGACAAAAAGCAAUGGGCUUAAAUUGCAGCAAGGGAAGUUUAGGUUGGAAAUUAGGAAAAACUUCCUAACGGUCAGGGUGGUUAAGCACUGGAAUAAAUUGCCUAGGGAGGUUGUGGAAUCUCCAUCACUGGAGAUUUUUAAGAGCAGGUUAGACACACACCUGUCAGGGAUGGUCUAGAUAAUGCUUAGUCCUGCCGUGAGUGCAGGGGACUGGACUAGAUGACCUCUCAAGAUCCCUUCCAGUCCUAUGAUUCUAUGAAAGCCAUGCUGCCUUGCUAGUGGGCUGAGGGAACUGCAGACUUCCCUCCAUCCCUAAUACAAAUCCCUCCACUGUUAUGCAGCUCGCCUGGUGAAAGAUGGGCAGCACCUGACUUGGAAAUUAGUAUAUAUCAGCAGAUGGUGUCCAGAAUUAAAAGGAACCACUCAAGCAGGCAAACUGCAUCACAGGACACAGCCUGCUCAAGGGUCAGGCAAGCACAGAGCCUGUCUCCCUGAGGAAAGGCCAGUGAUGGAGGGCUGGGAAGAGGCAAUGGGAAAUAUCGGGGGCUGGUGGAAUCCACUCAGAAUUCUCCUUGGAAUUAUUUAUUCAGGGACUUCUGCUUGGGGUUGGGAGGAGAGGGGAUCGGCCACCUUCAUUUCUGGUCUUGGGAAAAACUAACCUCCUCCCAUAAUAACGGCUCCCAGAAGCACUGACAGACAAACCUUCAGACCAGCUCGGAACUCAUCCCCCAGACCUUCUGUGUGCCUGGUACUAAUGGACAUUAGAAUCACCUGUGUUGGUAGAGCCUGGGAGUGAGUUUGGUGCACUGGUGCCAGGAGAUACCCUUUGUAUUGCCCUGAAUAGGGACUAAAAUGGUUUCCCCUUCAGCUCAUGCCACCCCUAGAGGGCAGGAAAUGAGCACGCUGCCCCAUCUGUAAGCGACCUAGCCUACUGGCACCGAAACACCAAGCCGUCAAAACUGUCAGGGACAAAUCUUCAGAUGGUCUAACUGACAUAGGUCCAUGAAGUCAACAGAGCAAUGCCACUUUAUACCCACUGAGGAUCUGGCCCCAGAUGUACGCCGGAAUGCAUUUGUCCCAGCCUCCAAUGGAUCAGAGAACAGAUACGGGGCCCAGCCAGCUAGGGGAUGUGUUGGAUGCAGUAUGCGAGGGCUCAGAGAGUAGCCAAGACGCCACAGCAUGUCAGUCAGGGCAAAAUGCAAACAUUCUGUGAAACUGAUCAGCGUGUUUUGCUCUCUCUCAGGGGCCAUGCAAAUCGUCCCUUGUUGCUGGUUCUCCUGCAUCCCAGCCUGUAAGUGAAUACUGUGUAUCACUGCCAGUGGGACCGGCUUUUGACGCUGGUCCUCUAGGCUCCCCUUUUAAUCUUAAUCAUACAGCUGAGGCUCUAAGAGGAUAAAUGACUUACCUAAGGCCACACCAGCAGACAGUGGCAAAGUCAGGCCUGCCUCCCAAUUGCCCGUCCUAACCACUCCAAUGAUCUAGUGUCUCUCCUUUCCCAGCGAUGGGAUUAGUGACACCCCACUGUACUAUCAGAUGUCUCUGCUCUCUCAGCAGGCCCAUUUCUGUUGCCUGAAAUCUUGGCUUGACUUUGUCUCAGGACUCCUGAGAGUGCUAAAUCUCUCCCUCUCUGCCUCUGCCUGGCUGCUAAUACCGUCGGCUUGUCUCAAAGCCCCCCCUGCUGGCAUUCUGCACUCAUAUCCAUCUGCAGGCAACUGCAUCUGAGAAUGCUGCUGAAUUGUGAAUAAUUGUUGCAUCAGGCAGAUAUGAUAGGAAGUGUGGGUUGGGGUGGGGGGAUAAAGCCAGUGAUGGAAAGGUGCUGAGAAGAUAGACAAUGUGCAUCUGAUUCAUAUGCAUGAAGAGAGAGUGUGUGUAGGGGGUGGGGGAAUGAAAGACAGGGGGUCGUGAGGUUAUUACGUGGGCGGUCGCAAGCUGUCAGCCCCCACCCCAGACCCUGCUUUGCAUCCGCCAUUUCUAAUGGUGUUAAAUAUAUUUAAAAGUGUUUUUAAUUUAUAAGGGGGGGUCGCACUCAGAGGUUUGCUAUGUGAAAGGGGUCACCAGUACAAAAGUUUGAGAAUAACUGUGCUAGGUUGAUGUAGAAAUACUCCACAACGCUCUAGAGGUAGAUGGGAGUUUCUUUUAAGCACUUGGCCAAUGUAGACACAUGGGGAGAUGAAGCUGAGGUGGUGUAAGGACACACGGAGGUGACCUGAAGACACAGACUGAGGAAUGACAUACGUGAUAUGUGCAUGUUUUGACGUGAUGUGGUAGCAGCAUGUCAGGAAGCAAUGUGAUGUCACAGAGGUGCCACAGGAGAAAAUUCAGAGGGGAUAUGAUGACAGAGGGCUAUGACAAGACAGUACUGUACUGAUGCUGCCUGAUACUGUAAUGCUACUGUGGGUUGACACGAGCCAAGUGUGAUCAUGCAGGGAUGCCAUGCAAUGAUGCAAUGUCUCAGCUGGGUGACAGGGCAUGGUGCAGUGAUGCAGUGUGAUGAUGUCAUCUCUCAGCUGGGUGACACAGGGCAUGGUGCAGUGAUGCAGUGUGACGACGUCAUCUCUCAGCUGGGUGACAUGGGGAGGAAGAGCAGGGUGGGCGCACUGGGUUCACAGGCACUGCAAGGGGCUCCCCGCUGGGGCACACCUGGGGGACCCUUGGCGCGGGGGCCCCCGGAGAAGAGGCGCGGGGCCUCCGAACUCAAACGUGACCUUUCCCCGCCGUUCCAGAACUGCAACUCCCAGGCGGCACCGCGGCGCAGGAAGGGGCGGGGCAUGGCUGGCGAGACCGGAAGCUGCCGGGAUCUCGCGUCACCAAACGCGCCGUCGCUGGGGGCGACAGAGGCGUCGCGAGGGCGGGGACGGUGGCCGGUUGGCGCCGCUGGGCUCGGGGGCCCCGCCAUGGCGAAGCAGUACGACACGGUGGACUGUCCCUUCUGCGACGAGGUGUCGAAGUACGAGAAGCUGGCGAAGAUCGGGCAGGGCACGUUCGGGGAAGUGUUCAAAGCAAAACAUCGACAGACUGGCAAGAAGGUGGCUCUGAAGAAAGUGUUGAUGGAAAAUGAGAAGGAGGGGUUCCCCAUCACAGCCCUACGUGAGAUCAAAAUCCUUCAGCUGCUCAAGCAUGAGAAUGUGGUGAACCUCAUAGAAAUCUGCAGGACCAAAGCCUCCCCAUACAAUCGCUGCAAGGGCAGCAUCUAUCUGGUGUUCGAUUUCUGUGAGCACGAUCUCGCAGGCCUCCUCAGCAACGCCCAUGUGAAGUUCACGCUGUCUGAGAUCAAGAAAGUGAUGCAGAUGUUGCUGAAUGGACUUUACUACAUCCACAGGAAUAAGAUCUUGCACCGGGAUAUGAAAGCUGCAAAUGUACUGAUCACCCGAGAUGGGGUCCUGAAACUGGCAGACUUUGGUUUGGCUCGAGCCUUCAGCCUGGCAAAAAACAGUCAGCCCAACCGCUACACCAACCGGGUGGUGACUCUGUGGUAUCGGCCUCCGGAGCUUCUCUUAGGGGAACGGGACUAUGGCCCCCCCAUUGAUCUCUGGGGUGCAGGCUGCAUCAUGGCAGAGAUGUGGACUCGCAGCCCCAUCAUGCAGGGGAACACGGAACAACACCAGCUCACUCUCAUCAGCCAGCUCUGUGGAUCCAUCACUCCGGAGGUUUGGCCAAAUGUGGAUAAGUAUGAGCUGUACCAGAAACUGGACCUGCCCAAGGGCCAAAAGCGCAAGGUUAAAGAUCGCCUGAAAGCCUAUGUCAAAGACCCAUACGCUCUGGAUCUUAUAGACAAACUGCUCGUUCUGGAUCCUGCCCAAAGAAUAGACAGUGACGAUGCAUUGAAUCAUGACUUCUUCUGGUCGGACCCGAUGCCCUCUGAUCUCAAGAACAUGCUCUCCACCCACAAUCAAUCAAUGUUUGAGUACCUGGCUCCACCCAGGAGAAGAGGUGGACACAUGCCGCAGCAGCCAGCUAAUCAGGGCAGGAAUCCAGCUGCAACCAAUCAGACAGAGUUUGACAGAGUGUUUUGACUGGUGGGGGCCCGGAAAAGUGAGUAGGGAGCAGGCUGAGUUUUCUUUGAAAUACCCUUACGUUCUUCAGUCUCUUGUAGCAGCAGCUCUGAUGGAAAGGAGGUGCAGGGCCUGGUCUGAGAUGUUGGGCUGGAUGAACUGUCUGGAACAAUUGUGUGCAUAAAGGAAGGGGGCUGUCCCUAGAUGUCCUUGGGAGCUGUUUCCAAGGGCCUGGGAUCAUCUCUCAGCCUAUCUGGCCCAGAGUUUCUGCCUCAGCCCCCAGAAAUAGCAUCUCUUUACCAGUAGCUGGAUCUAAUGGGUCAUUUCUCUUGGGGAGCCACUGUUGGAGAAGGUUUUGUCACUGCCCAAGCUUUACAGCACUGGAGAACAUGACUGGGUGACUCAUUAAUUGAACUGCUGCUGCAGCGGGCAGGAUAGAUCGGCUCACUUUGGGAACUGCCUCAGAUCUCUUCUGAAUUGCUCAUGUGUGGCUGCAGUUCCCCAUGUGGUCCUUCCUUCUGCAGGGAGCUUCCCUUGUUGUGUGUAGGGUGGGGGUCGCAUUGCUGAGUGCCACUGAGCUCUUUGUGUGUGUCUUCCUUGCGUGGAGCCAGUGGGAUUGGUACAGACAAAACGCCUCCAAAUUCAAGAACUAGCUCGCACCAUGUUCAAGACUGCAGCAAGUCCUUCUGGUUCAGACAGGGUCAGAGCCUAUGAGAAACAAAGGGUCGCAGCGACUAAUCAGGAGGAAGCGGGGGUGCUCGUUACUGUUGCUCUGACCAGGAGGAUCCGUCUGAGUCGUUGCUUUCAAUACAAGUUCAUCAUGCUUUGUGUUCAGCCUACUGCCACUUUUUGGUUGUAAACUGCAAUUAAAGUUCCCUUUCUUAGA